AUGACAAGCUUUGUGGAAACAGAUCCUGUGACAGUGGCUGAUGAUACAGUAAACGCGCAUGUUAACCUUAAUAUUGACUAUCAGAAGAAUUGGCAGCGUAGGCAUAGACAUGUUUUGAAGUCCAAGGAAUACUAUUGCAAACUGAAGUGUAGUAAAUUACUUAAAAAAAAAUUGAAGAAAUAUAAACUCAGACAAGAUGGCACAGAGGAUCCAGAUGUCUUAGAUGUGUCAAGAUCAUUAGUAUCUUCGUUAAUCAUCAAAUCACCAACCAAUCCUAACAACCAUUUACUUGAGGAAGGUGACUUAAAUCAUCUUGAUGAAUUGAGACCUAAAAACUAUUUAUUCAAAAUGGUGAAACGUAAGGAACCCAGUCAAACAGGUAAUGUGAAGGAUGCCACCAUACAUGAAAAACAAAAUGAAGGUAUUCAAAUAGCAAAUGAAGCUGCUACAGGAAAAAAACACACCAAUGCCUUUCAGCUACUAAUGGAUUCUAGGAAUAAGUCUAUUGGUAGUAACUCUCCUGGCAAAGAAAGAAGUGAUGAUCAGUCUGACAAUGAAGAUGUGAUAGAAAAGAAAAAUAUUAAGAUUAAAAGGAAAGUGUUACUAGAAAAAAUGGCAGAAGCAAAGGGAUACCAAAAAAAUAAAGAAAUUGAAGAAUACCAUGAUAAAAUUAUUAAAAAGAAAAUGGAGAAAAGAGCUGAAAGAUUAAAAAUUAUGAUUUUGAAAGAAGCCAAGCCAACUAAAUCAAAUGGCAAAAUAACUGUUGAAAAAGAAGCUGAAAGCUCAAAAUUAAAUAGAAAAGAUGAAGCACAAAAUACAAAUUGUAACAAAGACAAGAAAAAAUUAAAAACAUUUACCAUAGUAGAUAUUUUUAACACAAUGACUGAUCCAGUUACUGUGAGUCCUGAGAAAAAGUGUGUUCCUAAAGAAGAUAAAGAGUUUCUUCAAAAGUUAUCCCCAUCUUUGAGAAAAAAAGAAAGUAUGCUUAGUUAUUUCAAAAAAGUUGAUAAAGAACCUGAAUGUUCUCCAGUUGACUCAGACAAUGAUAACCUCCUUAAGGUGAAGUUACAAGUCAAAUCAAAAAAAAAGGGCAGAAAGAAAAAAUUGAGUCUUAAAAAAGAGCCUUUUGAAAUAGAGGAUAGUGUCAAGCUUAAUGAUGAAAAUAAAGAUAUUGCUUCUAAUUCAAAAGCAUUGUCUGAAGUCCUUCUUAAAGAUGUUGAGAACUCAGAAUCAAAAAACUUUAGUGAGAGGCAAAAGAGAAAACGAAAUGGUAAAAAAAACAUCUCAGAAGAGAUAGAGUUUAAUAAUGAUAGCCGGCCAAAGAGAUCUAUAAAAAAACCAGUGAAAUACACUGAUGAUGCAUGCAUAUCUAGUUCUGAUGAUGAGUUACUCAUUUUCACACCUAAGAAGAAAAGAUAUGUGGAUAGUAGUACUAAUUCUAAGAUAAGAAAUAAUAAUAAAACACAAAAUGUACUACAUGAACACAACAAAAAACCUAUUAUUGAUAAAAAGGUCAACGAAGAGACAAAUACCGCUAAAAAAUCAGUCAAAUUGGCACCCAUUUUUGCAACAAAACAGUUAGAUACUGCAGCUUUAGAAGCAAAACAAAAAUUUCUACAGAGUGGAGUCCCUGAUAAAUUAAAGAAAAUAAUUCAACAACAAAAAAUACAAAGUGCAAUGAGCAAUGACUUUCCAGUUGUAGUCCAUGUACAGCAAAGGCAUUCAGACAAAGAUGAAUUGGAACAAGUACAGCCUAAUAUUUAUGAAGAAAGCGCUGAUGUUAAUCAUGAUUUUACGUUAUCCAAUAUUGACAAAGAGGCAUAUAAAAAGUUAUUAAACCUUCAAGUUGUCUCUGAAAUAAGCUGUAUGGACCAUAAUUCAAAGAAAAGCAUCCAAACGAUAUUACAAAAUAUAAAGCAGAUUCAUCCAAAGUUUCCAGUUUAUCGAACAUACAGAUACCUCAGAGGUAAGAGAAAGGGAGAGCUUAAAGACUGCAAUCUUGAUUUUAACAAUAGUAUUGAAAUUAUAAAUGAUGAGGUAGAUAUUAUCAGCAACAGUCCAGACAAAUUGAAUUGGACAGACAAAUAUAAAGCCAUUUCUACUAAUCAAAUAAUAGGUAAUUUUGAAAGUAUCAAGGAAUUAAGAAAGUGGUUAGUGUCUUGGAGUGAGAAUGAAAUCAAAUUAAAUUCUAGAAGGAAUUCGAAUUCUGAUUCUUCUGAUUAUUACCAGUCUGACACAGAUAGUAGAGAUAGUUUGAAGACUACGAAUAAUCUCCUGAUACUGACUGGACCCACAGGUUGCGGUAAAACCUCUAGUGUUUAUACAGUAGCUGCAGAGUUAGCCAUUAAAGUCAUUGAAGUUAAUGCAAGUAGUAAAAGAACUGGUAAGAUAAUGUUGCAAGACUUGCAGGAAGCUACACAAUCCCAUAAAGUAAACAGGGGUACAAGUAACACCGAUAGUAGCCAAAAAUCACAAGAAAAAAAUUUGACAGAACUUUUAAAAAAGAACAAAAAGAAAGGAAGACCAAAAAAAUCUACAGAAAAAUCAAAAAAGAGUACAGAAGAAAGUGUUACAUUAAGUGCUACACCUUCAAGUCAAGAAAGUGUAAGAACUGCUAUGUCGCUUAUUUUAGUAGAUGAUGCAGAUAUUGUUUUUGAUCAAGAUGAUGGUUUUACAUCUGCUAUUGUCCAACUAGUUCAAUCUUCUAAACGGCCAGUAAUAUUAAUUACGUCGUCACUAGUAUGCCCUCAUUUGCAACGAUUUUUUUUAAAUGGGAAAAUUUUGAAGAUGUCUCCUCUGUUGCCUAGACCUGUAGGUACCUGGUUAGAUAUCAUGUGUUUAGCUGACACUGGCAAUAGCUGGCCAGGGCUUGGUGCGAAUUUUUUGAAUUAUUUUAGGGGAGACAUAAGGAAGACUAUAAAUUACUUACAGUUCUAUGUAUCAAGUUCUGCAUAUCGUUCGAUUUCUAAUGAAGAAACAGCUUCUCAAGAUGUUGAUUAUCCUAAGACCAAUAUUGAUGAUGAGAAUUCAAAUAUGUCUUGGGCAGAUCAUUUAGACUCAGAGGAGAGAAAGCUAAUACCAAAUACUUCUAACUCUAAUGAUGUAGGACCAAACUCAUUGUGGGUAGAUUUUGUUGAUGGACAUUUAAACUUGGCAAGGCUUAGAUAUCCAAUACAGCUUUUUGAUAUCUGGUGGAGUUUGCCACAUCUAUUGAGUACUGAGCCUACUUCACAAGAUGCUGCAAUGUUAGUUACUAAAUCAGAAAGACCAGUGCGUCAUGAACUUGAUGCAAUUGCAAAUGUUAUGGAUGCGAUAUCACUGUCAGACUGUGUAACACAUACUCAUCCACAAUUAAAAUCGGAUACAACAUGGCCUUGGUAUACAUGUGAAAGUGACAGUGUAUCUGAACAGGACAAUAUAGACUACUAUAGGAACAAUUAUGAGGUUACUGAUGAAAUUUCUCAUACAUUAGUGACAGGAUAUAUUGCUAAAGCUCAAGAUGUUUUAAGUUGUGACAGAAAAACAGACAUUCAAAUUCCUGGGAUGUCUCUUCAAAGGGAAAGAGAUAAGAUUGUUACUCGGCACAAACAUUUAACUUCCUACUUAAGUACGUCGUCAACAUUAGAUCGCAGAUCGCUAGCGCUGGACUACUGGUCAUCUUGUCGUACCAUAUGUAGAAUAGAAAAAUCCAAGACUGAUACCCAAAUUAACGCGAAGAGGAACAAUCGUUUUUGCCACUAUUUAAAGUCAUUAAGUGUUCUUUGUAAAAGUGAUACUUUCGAUAACCUCUGUGACAGUCUGUCCUAUCAAGGAACUGAAUUAAAGAUAUCUAAGUUUAAUGAAUGA